AUGGCGAAGUCAUGCACUGUUGGUCCCACCUUGCGAAUGAUUAAUCCGGAUUCGUGGUCCUCUUCCGCGCGUAAUCGUGAUCGUCCGUUCACAGUAGCUGUCGAAGGCAAUAUUGGGGCUGGAAAGUCGACUCUACUGAACUAUUUCAGGAACGAUCCCUCUGUGGCGUUGUUUGAGGAACCUCUGGAAUCAUGGUUGAAUGUCGGUGGCCAAAACUUGUUGGAUCUCAUGUAUCAUGACACAAAACGCUGGGGAUUCUUGUUCCAGUCAUAUGUUCAUUUGACGAGGAUUCGGCAAUAUUUGAGCCCUUGCCCAAAACCGCUACGCUUUAUGGAAAGAUCCUUUCUCAGCAACCGGUAUUGCUUCACGGAACAGUGGAAGACCAGUGGGGAUAUCACGGAUGUGGAAUCUUCAUUGCUGACGUCUUGGCAGGAUGAAAUAUCCAGUUCCGUUGUUCGACCGUCUAAUAUUGAUUUAAUUGUUUACCUCCGUCUACCUCCGGCUGUUGCCUACGAGCGUCUGAAGAAGCGCGGACGAACUGAAGAAGACGUCGUGCCGCUUCAGUUAUUGGAGCGGAUUCACGAACUGCACGAGAACUGGCUCGUGAAGCAAGAAGCUGGGAAAGUGAUCCCUUGUCCCGUGGUCAUGAUUGAUGCUUCGGUGUCGCUUGAUGAACUCGAUUCAAUUUACAAGCAGUUCCACGAGGAUAUACUUUCGGUUUCGCGUACUUCCGCGAGCGCCGAAGAUGUGUGA